UGCUGGGUCAAAAGAUCAGGAGUUGAAGAAACUUAAGAAGCAGGUUGAAAUAUUGCAGAUUGGUCAACGACAGGCGAUGGGGAACCCAGGCGCUUCUACCAGCAAGCAGACGGUUAGUGAUGAUGCGGUGUUGGCUCGCCUUCUUCAAGAACAAGAGCAGAUAAGAGCUAAACUUGAAACUACCGUCAGUGCAUGUGGAAGAGUGGAAACUUUGGAGAACGAGUUAUGGGUGUUGAAGCAGUCUCAUGAAGAUGCAGUGCAGGAGGCUGAGACCUGGAAGAGGGAGGCUUUGAGGGCAGGUAACAAACGAAGCCAUAUCGCCACAUCGUCUGCAUCAACCUUGAAGAUGCCGCCAGUCGUCACACCUCGGAAGGAGCGAAGUGAAGAUAAGUCACAGUUAAGGCAACUCUACAAUCUCGAGGUGGAGACACUGAAGGAACUCAGGUUGCAAGAGUUGAAUCGAAGGAGGAAAGCAGAGCAGGAAAAUGCGUGUCUUAAGGAAGAAUUGGCGAAGCGUGACAAUGUGGUGCGCGCGAUGCCAAAAUCCAGCUUUCGUGAGAGGCUUGAUGAGGUUGAAGUCGCUGUCGGAGGGUCGGUUCCACAAAUAACCAAAGGGAAGAAGAAGCCCUGCGCUGGGAAUGAGGUCGUCAGGGAUAACGACCGCGAAGCAUUUAUACGUGAAUCGAAGAAGGAAUUCUGCAAUCUUAAGAAGGACGAUGUCAUGGAGAUUUGCACGAAGGAAGAUGGAUCCACUGCGAUCGGGAGGAAGAACGGUCGCCGUUGUUUGUGCAGGUUAUGCGGUCGUUCUCUAUGUGGGGGUGCUCGUGAGGCGAAGGAACACUUUUUUCGUGACGAGGGGUAUAGAUGCCAAGUAGCCACUCCGGCGGUGUGGCACGCGAUUUGGUCAAAGGAUAUGUCCAAGUGUCCUGCACAUUUGGCUUCUGCCGUGCAGGCCUUGCAGAGUCUCCCUCUAGGUCAUCCUUCUUUUCAAUGGCCACCUCUUCGUUUUCCCGAUGACGUCGUUCCGCCGCCCCCGUCGACCGCUGCCGCCUCGCAAGUGGCGCCAUCUCCAUGUGCACCACUUGCUGCCCUCCCCCCUCGUCCGCUUCGUCAGACGAUUCCCGCAUCCGUUGAUGGCAGACCAUCUGUGGCAACGCAGCCUGAUGCGCAAGGCACCGUGCCAGUUUCAGGUGUCGGGGAACCUGUGCCGUUCGACGAGCAAGGCACUCGUGCUUUCGUCGAGGGCGGUGGGUGGGGGAAGGACGCUGGCACAUCAUCAGGCCUCGCCCCGUUGUUCACUGGCAACAGGGACAAGGUCCGAAGAGUUCGACGCACAGACACACGUCCGGCCGUGGCAGGAACACCCGCAACAGGACAUCAAUCCGCUGCGUAUCCAUGGUUGCCUCCCUCUCCUUCGCAAACACGACGGCCUACACUUGACUUGACUUCGACACCUGUUGGCGAGGCCGCUGCAACGGCCACUGAGGGUGCGGGAAACGUCCAGCUCGUCGAGCCCGUCCAGGUUUCGGAUUCGUCACCCACUCCUGUGCCCGUGAACGGCCCGACCUCGCAGCACGGUGUUUUUGGGACACUGGAUCCYUUACAGAAUCUGCGCAACAUUGCAGCUCCGAGUCCAGGCCCCACCGCAUCACCUGCGGCCGAGGGCGGGGUGUGGGAUUCGCUAGGUAUGGGCGCCGGUGCACGAUUGAGGGGCACUUACAGGCAGCAGGCGGUGACCUCGUAUUACAACGACCCGCUGGAGCACGCAUGGCACCUGCAGAUCAUGCGAUUCAUUGUCRAGAGCGGCAUGCCGUUCAACUGUGUGAAGCUUGAGAGCUUCAAACGCAUGUUGACGUUGAUCAUCCCGCCUGGGGUUCCAGGAGUCCCCACCCCAAACCCCCCAACGUAUCACAUGAUCCGUACCACACUUUUGGAUGAGCUUGAUGUGGAAGUCCAACAAGCUCGUCCAAAAAUGGUGGACAGCGACACGAGGCAGAUUGGCAAGAUUCUGCGUCGGUACGACGAGAUGAUCGCGCGUUGUUUGUCUGCAUGUGCCGCAUUGGAGAAGGACGAGCAGGACGCGCUGCUUGAAGUGUUUGACAGACGCCGCACCAUGUUCAAGUCGCCUACUCAUGUUGCUGCCAUGAUGUUGGACCCCGAGUUUCGAGACCGCACGAUGCUAGAUGACGAGGAGAUGCAGCACGGUUUGAAACUCGCUCUGAUUCAGUUUGGGUACCCGGAACAUUCGGAUCAGCACACCGAGGUCCUCACUGCCAUUGACAAGUUUCAUUCCAGGGAGCUGCCGUUCGACGAUGUGGCCAUGGACCGGGCGGCGAGGAGCUAUACCCAUCCAACAUGUUUCUGGGAGUCGAAGGAGAAGAGGUUCUCGCACACGACCUUCUUCGCUGGCAGGAUACUGCGUGUGUGGGCGACUGCGUCGCCUUGCGAGAGAGCUUGGUCCCGUUGGAGUUUCAUCCACUCCAAAUCUCGUAACAAAUUGGAGGUGGCGAGGGCCGAGAAGCUCGUGCGAUGCCAUUGGAACCUUCGGCUCCUCGACAGGCAGGCUAUGUCGGACGAUGCUCCCAGUGACAGGCCACAUCCGUAUGGGAGCUGGGUGCACUACUGGCAGCAGGUGGAGGAGGAGGUGCCCACCGACCAGCAGCUUGUGGCAGACCGAGGAGCCCGUGUGACGGUCACGAAGGAGGAGUUGACGCAGGCGAGAGAGAGGAUGCGCGUCCGUGGAGGUCCUGGCGGGAGGCGUAGUGUAGCGAGUCGUGGAAGGGCAGUGGACGAGCUAGUACGCAAGCCUCGACAGCGAUGGGAGGAGGGAGACUUUUUGUAUGAGAGCUCAUCCAGCGAUGACGAGGAUUUCUUCGGGAAUGGCAGGCCUGCACAGGAUGGCGACAGCGAUUUCGACGACCGUCACCCGAACGUGGGCGACGACGAUGGCGCCAGUGGCGAUGAUCACGGUGACGGAGGAGAUAGGCCACGACCAGCACAUGGUGACACGAUGCGCGCCGACGGGGCAGGGGGCGAGCACCGCACAGCAGUAGAUCACGCUCGAGAUGGAGUGCAUGAUGACGGUUCACGACCUAUUCCAGUUUCUGAGGACUCUUUCAGCGAUCACGGCGGCGAGGAGCGGAUCGAGCUGCAUGGCGGGAGCGGUCAUCCACGAGGUGACACUUCGAGUAUGCACGCGACAGCUCCGAUGGGGCCUUCCGCAGCAGUCCCAGAAUCGCAACAGGGUCCAGCACUGUUGAUGCGUCAUCCCGAGGUUCAGGGAGAGAUCAGUCCUCUCCCGRCAGUGCRGGACGAGGGUUCUGUCSGUGCACUGCAUCCWCUCACGUCUGCCGGAGCGGCAGUCUCAGUUGCAGCGACCUCGGAUGUGGGACAACCACUGGCAGCGGCGGAGCAAGAAAGUAUGCUCCCACCUCGCAGUGUUCAACCGCGGCCACCGCCUGCAUUGAUGGAGGGGAGUCAGGGGACCGUUGUUGUGUGUCAAGGCGAUGAUCUCCCGGAACGUGAUAUCUCACACACUCCCGCAGCCGAGCAGAGCGCCGCAGACCAUGUCGGCCUCGCAUGCCCCACCGGCAGUCUUCCGGGAGGCGAUAUCGCCGAUAUGAUUACGAGCCCAAUGGUGUCUGCCACGCCCACAAUUUUUCGUGUUGGCAAACUACGCGAGGUGGCCCUUGGUUUGGCGGAGACGGCGACGCGACACCGYCGCGACGGUCAGCGCAGCAUUGCACAACGCAGUCUUUCUCAUUCGUUUGACGGCGCAGAGGAAGGGUCUCAUGGUGGGUCAGUUGACACACUCGAAAGAGAAGCAAGACCCCCAUGUUCGCCGUCAAACUUAGAACAUCAUCCGAUUGCCGCGGCUGUCGACGCAGAUGCGGGCGUCCCCGUCACAAACAGUGGCACAGACGCGACAGAACAGCUUGUGGUUGGGUCAUCGGCGACAGCACGGCGCGACAGAGCCACUGUUUUGCCGACAGUGGCAUUUUAUGCCAGCGGGAAGAGUACUGGGGGGAUGGAUGAGCAGGGAGUCCGGAAUGUUGGUAGGCCAUCUGCACCGUCUAUGGGGAAACGAUCCAUCGGGAGUGUGGAUGGUGCUCGGCACACCGCCAUGGCCGAGUUUGAGGACCGACACGGGAGUGCUUUGCCGACGAAGACGUCUGAUGUCCAUGCUACGAGAGCCGCAAAGGCGAGUCUUUCUCGGGCAAGGAAGAAGGCCUCGGCAAGGAAGGCGUCACGUUCAUCCUCACAUAUGCGUUCCCGAGAGAGAGGAUCGGGCGUUGUGCAUCUCGAGGACGGAGAGAUUGUACCUGACGGCGACGCAUUGGAUGUUGGAGGGAGGGAUGCAACGACGGCGGAUAUCGUCGGCAGGGAGGGCACAGGGAAUGCAGUGGCAGGUCAGAAGAGACGCGGCAGUGUACUUAUCGUCCACGACGACAGCUCAGAUGUCGCCCCGGGAGAGACCACAGGCACUGAUGAUGCAGGGGACUCCGAUUACGUACCCAAACCACGGGCGGCAGAUGAAGAUGAUGGAGGAGGGCGACGAGUGAGACCGAGGACACGACUCGGGCCGCAAGGGCAGCGAGCACAGGGCACACCAUCGGCGAUGAUUCCUGCCCCCAUAGAUCGGCGAGAUCAGGCGCAGCGGUUGCUGCGCAAAAUGGAGGCCACUCUUCAACAGACGCACGGCGCUUCCCUGUUUCCAUUUAGCUAUGAGGAUAGGAUGGCUAUGACUAGCAGUCGAGUAUGUACCAUGGUGGUUCAGACUGUGGGACCUGUGAUGUUUGAGGCUAUGUUGUUGAGGCCUCCCAUUGUGAGGAUUGUUUUUGGUUUGUGGGUCUCUGCUUUUGUCAUUAGGGUAGAUAUCUGUCGGACGCGUUUGGUUCCUUAGAUACAUUUUUCAGAAGGCUGCGAAUGCUCUGUAGGAGGUCGUAUGAUGACGGGCCCAAUCGUUUGGUCAUUGGGGGCCGGUGUUCAAAUC